CAGCAAGACAAUAAACGUUUGGUUGUUAUCUAAAGUGAACGGUACUUUACAAAGACGCUUUAGGUAGCGAGAGCCCCUUUUGUAUGAGAACAGUCAGUGUUUACUGCAGUGCAAAGGCUCCCGCGGCUCGUUGCCUCGUUCUCGCAGGCGCGCUCUCGCGCCAGAAUUCCAGGCUUGGGCUUCCGUUGAGCGCGGGCUCGGGAAGCAGAGGGAACGACGCUGCCUGCUGGACAGAUUAGAAUAGAACUCAAAACUCCCGUGCAGUGAGUUGUCGUCUAUCCAUACAGCAGAAUCCACGUGACACUUUACGAAUGUCCUUUGAACUGUAUCCCAAUGUUGUCGCCUGGACGUACGAGUGAUUUGCCUUGAUUCAAAGCGGAUUCAGUUUAUGACAGAUGAAUUUGGGAGACGCAACGAUCAGACCUCCUGUAGGGAGGAGAAUGAAGGCCCAGGCUCCCCCUCCACCAAGGCCGCCCCAGCCUGCCCCCCGCAGGAUUUUCCGUAAUGCUGUUCCUGACGGAGGAGGAUCUUCUGGGGGAGACAGCAAGGAAAACAUGCUUCGAUCUUCUGUGGAUCUUCAUAUUAGUCUUCCCACUGGGUACCAGACCACCAUCAAUGUGGAUGGCAGAAAAGCUCUGAUGGAUCUGCUGGUGGAUCUGUGCAGUCAGUACCAUCUGAAUCCAGCAUAUCACACUCUGGAGCUGUUGUCACCCGAAGCUCAGCCUGUCAGCUUCAAGCCCAAUGCCCUGCUGGGUGCCCUGGAUGUCUCCUGCGCCCUGAUCAAAGAACGAGUGCUGGAGGACAAGGUGAUUCGGAAGCCUCCACCCAAAGUGCCAGAGAAAACCGUGCGCUUGGUAGUGAACUAUCACCGCAGUCAGAAAGCUGUGGUUCGAGUAAAUCCAUUAGCAUCCCUGCAGACCCUGGUGCCUGUGAUCUGUCAGAAGUGUGAGUUUGAUCCAGCCCAUGUCCUGCUCUUCAAAGACAAUAUCAGCCACCAACAACUGGACUUGGACAAGUCUCUGAGCGAUCUGGGUAUCAGGGAGCUCUAUGUCCUGGAUCAAACAUUAGUUCUCCAGCCUAAAAUGGCUUCGACACCUGCCUUGAACUACUCAGCUGAAUCUCUGCGCUCCAACAGUCUGAGUGGAUCAGAGAAAAAGGGUCUUCUGGGCUUCCUCAAAUUUAAUCGCAGGAAAUCAAAGAGCGAAGAUCAGUCCUCUGAGGACAUGGAGAGUGUUGAUGAUGAUAGUGUUGUUGACAAUGCAGACACUAAUAGUAAUGGUAUGUCUGUGGUGGCAAGUGGUCCAUGUGUGGAGGCCCGUCCCAGCACUCUGGGUCAGUCUCAGUCUGUGAUGAACAUCUCCAAGAUGUCCCCGAAAGUGGAAUUAAAGAAACGCAGAGCUCCAGCACCCCCACCAGCUCCCACACAGACUCUACCACCAACAUCGCAGAUAAACCUUGGCUCUCCGUCCUCACAUAACCUGCUUAAGAAGCGGAAGGCUCCAGCACCUCCACCUACACCGCCACCUAGUACACCCGAGCCAGAUAUUUCCACCUACCUGCCUACUGCACCUGUGCAGGAACACUACAUCACAGUGUCAGUUGAAAGGACUCUGCAGCCAGCUCCCCGAGCCUCAACUCCAGCUGACGACUCUGAUCUGAGCCAUAGCAUUGAGGAUUCAGAGCCAGCUAGGUCCAUCUGCAGUAGCUCCAGUGGUGAUGAUGCAGCAGCUAUAGGAUCCAGCAGUAGCAGCCUAGCUGAAGAACCUGUGACGCAUCGAGCUGAUGUGAUAGCUCCAUUCACCACCUCUACGCCAGAACCCGAACCCAAACCAGAAUAUGAACCUGAACACAAGAAAGAAGCUAGUCCUCGCUCUACCCCAGAACUAGAACCGGGUCCACGUCCAGAGGUUCUAGCUGCAGGAGACCUAGAGGUAGAGAUGGAGCUAAAAAUGGAGGAGACGGAGAAUAACCGUCAUAGUGGAAUAGCUUGGCUGCAUUCAGCUCAUGAGUCUGUGUCAGAGAGGACAGUACAUCAGGAAGUGGAAACAGUGUCUGUGGCCAGCAGUGAGAGUUUUGCAGACCAUGGCUAUGCUGCAUCAGAGGACAUGGCAGAGGAGUCUGGCCCGGUCUCUCCCUCUGAAAGAAUGCAAUCUGUUUCACCCAUGGACAUCAUGUCUCUAAACAGUGACUCAGCUCUGCCUGUGAAGCAGUCCAAAGAGUCUUCCAGCGAUAGCGAUGAGGGAUGUGCAACUUGGGGCUCUAGACAGAGCAGUGGACAUAUUCAGGAUGGACAAAAGUCAAUCAAGAGACAAAAUGGAUAUGAAGAAGAUCCAGAUAUUACAGCUCAGAUCCACCUCACCCUGGCACACUUAGAUGCAAAUUUGGCAGACAUGAAUCACUCAGAUGGAGCGACUGUUUUUGUGGAUGAUGAAAUACCUGUGUCCAUUGUCGAUAUGGACAUUCCAGUAACAGCCAUUGAUGAAGUUCUUGAUGAUGACGAGUGCAGCACAAGCGAGUGUGAGUCAGCAUUGUUGCGCAGUACUCAAAGCAUCACUAGCCAACCGUGCACACCAUGUGAAGUUAUCCAAAACAAAAACAACAAUGCCUGUCUAACAGAGGAGAAACACAGAAGUCUAUUUCCAGACAUAGAGAAGCAGCUACAAGCGGCUACGCUCACAGUUAUCGACAAACCCACAAUACAGUCUCCGACCAACAAAAAGCCUUCACAAGAUGCUAAGAUCACGGAUAAUAUGGAACAGAAGGCAAUAUUCAACACUGAGGCUAAGAGUAAAGCUGAAACCGUAGAACUAACGAGUCAGAAAGACACUGUAUUACAGAAGUCCCAAAGUUUUGUGCGUCCUGAUGUACAAAGCGUUCAAAAGGAAAGGACAUCUAGUACCAGAGUCCUGCCAACUCAGGGUAAGAUUACCCAGAGCUCUUUCUCUCGCUUUGGAAUGAAAACCUUCACAGUCAUCCCUCCAAAACCAGCUGUGUCCCAGACCAAGCCCGCAGGCUCUCUAGUCACAGGUGCCAUUAAGAUUGAUGAACAGGGCAACAUGGUUACACAGAGACAGAUUUCCUCUGGCCCAGAGAAAAAUGUCAGUGCCAGUGUGGAUACUACUAGAGCAGACAAAACCCCACUGGUCAAAGCCAAAGCCUUCUGGAGCACUACAGAGAAGCAAGAGAAAUCAACUUCAGCCAACACAGGACCCAUCGUAAACAAUGGAGAUAGUGAUGUGUUCAAACCCUCGACUGUGACUGGAAGCUUUAAACUUUCACCUCCCGAGGAACCACACAAAGAGGUCAUUAUAGUGGAAAGGAAGCCCAUAUCUGUAGUGGCAAGUAAGUCUUCGUUCUCAGAGAAUCCGUCUUUCACAUCUGAAAAGCGAGACCUCUCGUUUCUUAUACCUUCCAGAAGAACCUCCAGCCAAUACGUCGCUUCCGUCAUCGCUAAAAACAAUAAAAACAGUAGCAUUCCUAAAACUAAAAUAGAUAGCAUGCAGGCAUCGUUGUCUAUAGGUGGUGUUCAAAACCAUGUCAAUCAACUGUUAAAUAAUGAUGUUAAACCUAUAAACAUUCAAAAACCUGCUAUCACCAUCAAGCCCACUGAACAUCCAGUGCCUUCUUUUAGACCUAAAUGCCUACAAAGUUAUGUUGCAGAAAAGCCGACAAGUUCUGAGAGGAUAAGCACUCUGCAUGGGGGCAACAGAACCAAAUCUGUGGAUUCACAAACCUUAAGUAACAAAAUCCAGCCUUUCACACAUGUGUCUGCUCAAAUUAAAUCCAUGGAAUCCUUCUCUGAAGAAGCCACAUCAAUCAAUAAUUUCCCAGACACCUCCUCUGCCCGACAGACGCCAACAGACACCACACAUCCACCACUUGCAAAAAAGCCAGAGUUACACAAAUCUGACAUUCCAUCUGAACCAAACCAGGGCAAUGUGUUUGGGCCGGUUAAGAAGUUCAAGCCGGUUAUUUUUAAGCCUGUCCAACAGGAAACUUCUAUCCAUAGCUCGCUGAUGGAGGCCAUUCAAUCUGGAGAGGGCAUUGAACGCCUCAGAAAGGUGUCUGACUUGCCUACCAGCUGUACAGUUAAGAAGCCAUCAUACAAUGAUCCAGAGAAUGAGCGUUCAGCACUUCUUUCAGCAAUAAGAGCUUCAAGCACCUCAGCUAAACUUAAGAAGACCAAAUCAGUAGCAUCGAAGGAGUUGGAGCAGCUCAGGAAGGUUGAAGAAGACAGAAAUGUCCAAACAGAAAUCAUCUCACCUCGUCCCACUUCUCCUGAUUUUGUGCCACCUCUACCUCCAGCCUUUAGUCCUCCUCCCCCACCUCCUCCACCUGUAGCUCCAGCCAAACCCCCUGUAGUGCUGCCUGCUGGAGGAAACCCAGAGGCGGCCAGGGAGGCUCUUCUGGAGGCCAUUCGCUCAGGCUCUGGGGCUCAACGGCUGAGGAAGGUCCCUGUCACACAGACAAGAAGGCAAGUGAAUGGGAGACUUGGCACCAUUCAAGCAACAUCACCCCUCUCUUACGGACACUAAACCUUCAACUGGGAUCACCAUUAGGGUUUUCACAAACUCAUUGCCAAAUCUGAGUAGUAGUAUUCAUGCUAACGCUGUUGCAACAGCCAUCAUAGCCUUAUUUAUUUAUAGUGAUAUGCUGCUUCACAUCCGUGCCAAUACUAAUUAGCUUAGAUUUCCGGGAGUUUAUGUCCAACUGCUGACAUGUAAUGAUUUUUUUUUUUCCAUACGUCUGCCUGACUUCUAUACUUUAUAUCAGUAUUAUACCUGAAUAUAUUAUACAGGUAUUUUCUGUUGCAUCAGAGUAUAAGUUGGUGGGCUGCAUUUUUGUAUCCACCUGCCAAUCACAGCAGCUUACUAUUUGUUUUUAUUAUUAUUAUUAUUAUUUAAAAGAACACUAGGUGGUAAAUUGGAUUCUGAAAGAUUGUGUAAAAACUUAUUUCAAGGGCAUUUCUUUAAUGAAGUUUAAGGAGUUCAAGUAUCUUGGGGUUUUGUUUAUGAGUGAGGGAAGGAUGGAACGUGAGGUUGACAGGCGGAUUGGUGCAGUGGCAACAGUAAUGCGGUCUAUGUACCGGUCCGUUGUGGUAAAGAAGGAGCUGAGCCGAAAGGCAAAGCUCUCGAUUUACCGGUCAAUCUACAUCCCUACUCUCACCUAUGGUCUUGAACUUUGAGUUAUGACCGAAAAGACAAGAUCUCAGAUACAAGUGGCCGAAAUUAGUUUCCUUCGCAGGGUUGCAGGGCACACCCUAAUAGACAGGGUAAGGAGCUCUGUCACCCGGGAGUAGAGCCGCUGCUCCUCCAUAUCGAAAGAAGUCAGCUGAGGUGGCUCGGGCAUCUGUUUCGCAUGCUUCCAGGACGCCUACCUAGGUAGGUGUUGCAGACAUGUCCCACCAGUAGGAGGCCUAGGGGAAGACCCAGGACACCCUGGAGGGACUAUGUCUCUCGGCUGGCCUGGGAACACCUCGGGGUAUCCCCCUGAAGGAGCUGGAGGAAGUUUCUGGGGAGAGGGAAGUCAGGAAUUCUCUUCUAAGACUGCUGCCCCCGCGACCCGGCCCCAGAUGCGCGGAUAAAAAAAAAAUGACAUGACAUUUCUUUAAACGUUUUACUGUUAUUUUAAAGAAUAUUUAGAGAAUGAUAUUUAAAUCCGUCGAUUUUUAUUAGAAAAGUGACAAUGUUGUAGCUGUAAAUUUGACCUAUGCUAAUGCACUUUUUGUUGUGCAAACUGAAUAAUUGGAAAACACAACAUUUGGAAAUCCUUAUAUACACUUUAUAUGAUCUAAUCAAACCUUUUCACAAAGCUACUGAGCCACUGUGAUGUAGAGCGGUGCUUCAGCUUUAAUUUAUUCUAUUGGGGAAAUCAUAGAGUAAAAGUGUUUAAUAUAUUUGCAGAAGCUGUAAAUAUUUUAUAUUGUGUUGUUUAGAAUUAUAGACUAUAUACGACAUACCUGUAUGGUUGUAAUUUUAUUGAAUCAGAGACUUGGCUAUGUACAAGUUGAGCAUUUUGUAAAUUCACACUAAUAUAGUACGUUUCAGACACUAAAGCAUCGUAAUGAAAGACGUUUAAAUAAUGUUUUGUAAUGAUUUUUUUUUUUGAUUGCAGCACAAACUGAAUCAAAAUUGUAAAUCAAUAAACUUUGUAAUUUUACAAUCUCA